GAUACCAUGCUUAUGCGGAAGUGCCCCGUGCCUGCUCUGCCGGUGCUGCCCCAGCGGGAACAACUCCACCAUAACUCGGCUCAUUUAUGCCUUCUUCUUGCUUCUCGGCGUGAGCGUUGCCUGUGUGAUGUUAAUACCGGGCAUGGAGGAGCAGCUGAAGAAGAUUCCUGGAUUUUGUGAUGGAGGGAUGGGAACAACUAUUCCUGGCAUGCAUGGCCACGUGAACUGCGAUGUGCUGGUUGGUUACAAAGCUGUGUACCGUGUGUGCUUUGGUAUGGCCAUGUUCUUCCUUCUCUUCUCCUUACUGAUGAUCAAAGUGAAGAGCAGCAACGACCCGCGAGCAGCGGUGCACAACGGAUUCUGGUUCUUUAAAUUUGCAACAGCACUUGCAAUUAGCGUUGGAGCUUUCUUCAUACCGGAGGGACCCUUUACAACUGUGUGGUUUUAUGUUGGUAUGGCUGGGGCAUUCUGCUUUAUUCUCAUUCAGCUGGUCUUGCUCAUUGACUUUGCCCACUCCUGGAAUGAAUCUUGGGUCGAAAAAAUGGAGGAAGGAAACUCAAGAUGCUGGUAUGCAGCUUUGCUGUCAGCUACAGCUGCCAAUUAUCUGCUGUCUCUAGUAGCUAUUGUCUUGUUUUAUGUUUAUUACACUCACCCGGAAGGUUGUGCUGAAAACAAGACCUUCAUCAGUGUUAAUAUGCUGCUGUGUAUUGGUGCUUCCGUAAUGUCAAUUCUGCCGAAGAUUCAGGAAUCUCAGCCAAGAUCUGGUUUGCUGCAGUCUUCUGUGAUCACUGUUUACACAAUGUAUUUGACUUGGUCAGCCAUGACCAACGAGCCAGACAGGCGCUGUAACCCAAGUCUGCUGAGCAUCAUUGGUUACAACAGCACCACCGUUCCAACCCAGGGCCAGGUAGUCCAGUGGUGGGAUGCACAAGGGAUUGUAGGACUGGUUUUGUUCCUGCUCUGCGUUCUCUAUUCAAGCAUCCGAACAUCCAACAACAGCCAAGUUAACAAGCUGAUGCUGACCAGCGACGAGUCGACACUGAUAGAGGAUGGCAUGCCCAGGAGCGACGGCUCCCUUGAUGACGGCGACGAUGUUCAUCGCGCCAUAGAUAACGAGCGGGAUGGAGUUACCUACAGCUACUCCUUCUUUCAUUUCAUGCUUUUCCUGGCGUCGCUGUACAUCAUGAUGACGCUUACCAACUGGUACAGCCCGGACUCCUCCUACGAGACCAUGACCAGCAAGUGGCCGUCUGUCUGGGUGAAGAUCUCUUCCAGCUGGAUUGGCAUCAUGCUCUACGUGUGGACUCUGGUGGCCCCGCUGGUUCUCACAAACCGUGACUUUGACUAAGCUGGGCUGCUCGCGACGGGGGGAGGCUGCGUUAGCUUCGCCGUGUUGUGGAAACCAACGGCGUUCCCGAUCGUGGCGCAGUUGUAAAUAACCUGUGUGUGCGUGCGUGUGCUGUCCAUGUAGUAUACCCUGCGUUACUCUGCAUGAGGACCUUGAAUCACAUCUUUUCUCACCUCGCUAAAUGACCUUUUCUAGCUGAGCUCAGUGACAAUUGCUAUGAUGAUGGUUGUUGUAGGAUUACUCAGAGAUGGAGUGCUUCAGGAGUGUUAGAUGCAAGAUCAAGAACUUUUGGAAGUAGGUGUUUUUCCCCUCAGUUGCAUUAAAUAGCU